AUGUCUUGCAUAUGUGAUGCAUUUUGUAAUGCUGCUGAUAAGGCAAUUUAUCCCAUCCUACCCGAUUUCAUUAAAAAAACUUGGGAUCAUCCAGCUGGUCCCAAAACAGUCUUUUUUUGGGGACCAACGAUAAAAUGGUGUCUAGUGCUAGCUGGUUUAUCUGAUCUGAUGCGACCAGCGGAAAAACUUAGUUUUUUUCAGAAUAUGGCACUUUUUUUCACGGGAGGCAUUUGGACACGAUACAGCUUCGCUAUUACGCCUAUCAACUAUAAUCUAGCAAGCGUCAAUUUAUUUUUAUGUGGAGUAGCCCUUUUUCAGUUAGCUAGGCUAGGCUACUAUGAGGCAUUUACGAACUCUUCCGUAAAUACUACGAUGGUGAACGUCACUAACAUUUAA